AUGCACCAGGGCCAGUUGCAGGCAUCGAAAAUCAAACCCCGUCCUUACUCUACUGAAAACUCCCCAGCAGCCAAGGAACCUCGACCAGAAAGUUCAUCUCCUGCUGGAGCUGCCGGUUUUAGCUUUUUUUCUUUACCUAAACUUGAUUUUGAUAACAGUAAUGCCUCUUAUAUUUCACCAUCUACUGCGGUUGACGAUGCCCUCUUCCGUCCUCGUCCGACCCAGUCUAAUGAUGGUGCUGUGUUGCAGUGUCCGCUCACUGCCGCCAUGUAUAAGGAUUUCGGUUUGCUGCAGAAGGCACACCAGAACUUGUUGGGCUUCAUGCGUUUGAUCGAAACUCGGUCGAAGGAAAUAGAGAUUGCACAGGACCCAGCGCACGACUUCUGGGGGGGACAUUAUGGAUCAAGUGAAAAGGGGGGGUUAGGUGAGGCAUUCUUGAUAAGUAUUGGCUGUAUCAAGUUUGGGGAUUGCAAAAGCACAUGGCGAAAGUGUCCCAAAAUUGGUGGAUUUAAUUGUUAUAAACCACAAAGCCACCGUAUGAGAUAUGGUCUAGAAGAUGAUGCAUAA